AUGACUUCCCGUCUGCGCUCCUUCGUCCUCCUCCCCCUCACCGCCCUCCUGGCUACUGGACCCGCUGCGGCCAACUGCAACCAGUUUCCUCUCAACGUGACGGCCCUGCACACCUUCUCCUAUCCAACGUGGCUCGAGAACCUCGCCAUCCGCAGCAAUGGCGAGAUCCUCACCACACAGCUGGCCCCCUCGCCCGUCCUGUACCAGGUCAACCACCUCACCGGCACCCCCACCACCGUCGCCACCUGGGACGGUACUGAGUGGUACGGCGCGCUGGGCAUCGCCGAGACGACGACCGACGUCUUUUAUGUGAUCCUGUCAGCCUUCUUCGACCAGGACGAUUUCGUCAAGACGAGCGGGGUGAACAGCAUCUUCGAGGUGAACAUGAGCACCUUUGCGCUGGCAGAGGACGGCGUCACGGUCGAGGAGAACGCCACGGUGACGCACCUGACAGACAUUCCGGAGGCGGAUUUCCUGAACGGCAUGGCCACGCUGGAUGACGAGCACAUCUAUGUCGGCGAUGUGUACAGCGGUGUCGUGUAUCUGAUCGACACGACCACGGGAGACUACCAGGUGGCCGUCAACGACACCCUGAUGAAGUUCUCUGUGGACGGUUCGGCGGCCUCCACCAACCUGGGCUCCAACGGGCUCAAGGUUUUCGACGGCUACCUCUACUGGACCAACACGGCGCGCGGCUUCCUGGCUCGCAUCGCCGUCGGCAGCGAUGGCCUGCCCACCGGCGAAUCCGAGAUCGUGGUCGACAACCUGGCCAAGGCAGAUGACUUCCAGUUCCGCAGCGACGGCACUGUCUUUGUCGCCCAGAACCAGCAGGAUACGCUCAGUCUGGCAUAUGGUGCGACGAGCGGGACCGAGGUCACUGCCGUGCCCAUCGCCGGUAACAACAUCUCAACCAUCCUGGCUGGCGUGUCGUCGCCCAAGUUCGGAAGAACCUCGAACGACAGCAACCGCCUGUACCUGUCUACCAGUGGUGCACUGGGACUGCCUAUCAACGGAACUGUGACGGUGGCCGGGACGAUCUCCUACGUCGAUAUCAACUUCUAG